UUGUAUAUAUAGGGUUCUCAAACGACUUAAUUCAGAAAAAAACUACAGGCUAGGUUGUUUCUUUGUAGUCAUCUCUCCGGAAACAAGUUUUCUUGUUGACAUUGAUUUUACCAAGAAGCAGGUGGAGGAGCAUUUCGAUCAUUUCCAUUACUAAAAGAGAGAAAACAUGGGUUCUCUUCCUAUAAGGGGGACACCUUAUAGAGCAGCCAUGAAUGGAGAUUGGAAAAGCAUGCUUGACCAUUAUCAGGAACGUGUCCUAGAUGUGCCCUUGCCAGUUACGCUCUCUGCGGAUACUGCACUUCAUUUAGCUGUGUACAGCAAACAAGAGCAACCACUUAAAGAUUUACUUGAAAUCGUGAAGGGUGAUGAGUUCUUUGUACCUGAUGAGACAGAAUCCCUUGUAACUGAGACAGAGUCCAUUCUACCUAAGUUUGAAUUUCUCAAGAGAAAAAACAAAUUUGGAAAUACGGUUCUUCACGAGGCAACCAUCUUCGGGAAUUAUGAGGCUGUAAGACUCUUGGUAGAUAGUUGUGAAGAGUCUGAAGACCUCCUUAAGGAAACAAAUAACUACGGUGAAACUCCAUUGUUUACAGCCGCUGGAUUUGCUGAGGCAGAAAUAGUGGAGUUUUUAAUCCGUUCCAAACCCCAACAAUGCGUGGAUGAUAAUGGCCGCCUGUUAUCAAUUCACAUCAAGCGAACGAAAGAUGACCUGUCCAUCCUUAGCAAUGCUAUCAGAGGGCAACACUUUGAAACAGCUUUAAUGUUGCUAGAACUGGAUGACUCGCUCCACAGCUUGGAGGACAAUAAUGGCGUAACUGCUCUUCAACUUCUAGCCCAAAUGCCAACCGCUUUUGAGAGUGGAUUUCCCAUGGGCAUAUGUGAAAGACUCAUCUACUGCUGCCUUCCUGUUAAACGUCACCACAAGGUAAAAUCACAGGUACUAGAAACUUGGUUGAAGGAAAGCAAGAUGCUGGAUAGGAAUCAAAGAGGCGGCAUACUCAAAUAUUUAAAGGUCCCUAAAGUACGAUGUUGGCUAGAUGGAUUCUGGAACCAGAAAAUAAAGCAUGUAUUUGCUUUGAGACUCGCCGAAAUCCUAAUAGAGAACGAUGAGUCAUUGAAAAAAGUCAGCAUAACAAAGGAAGGACUGGGUGGGAAAGAACAUAGGAAGGGCGAAAACCAGUUCUCUGAACUCAAUAGCAAAGGAAAAGAAACAGAAGAAACUUCUGAAACGAACUCAUCAUUGAAGGAGAAGAUCCCAUUGCUUAUUGCAACCAAAAAUGGAAAAGAAGAAAUUGUGUUGGAGAUAAUGAAAAAAUAUCCCGAUGCUAUUGUGCUGCUCAAUGAAACGAACUCGUCAUUAACUAGGCAGGAGCAUAUCCCAUUGUUUAUUGCAACUAUAAAUGGAAUAGAAGAGAUUGUGUGGGAGAUAAUAAAUCAAUAUCCCCACGCUGUUGAGCAUCUCAAUGAGGAGGGGCAGAGCAUUUUGAAUGUGGCCGUCAAGCAUCGCCAGAAAAACAUCUUCAGUCUUGUGAAGCAUCAGAAAAUACCAUUGGCUAGACUGCAUCGAGUUGUUGAUAAGACGGGCAACACAUUGUUGCACCAUGUUGCAGAUAUGGAGCAUUACAGAGGAGGAACCAAGCCUGGGCCUGCACUUAAACUUCAGGAGGAGUUGCAAUGGUUUGAGCAAGUGCAAAAGGUGAUUCCUUCUCAUUAUGUCACGCUUCGGAACGAUGAAGGCAAGACUGCAGAUGAGCUCUUCAAAGAGAGUCACCAGGACCAACUGAAAAAUGCACAAAAAUGGAUAAAGGAAACGACUCAGUCAUGUUCCACAGUAGCUGCACUUGUUGCUACUGUUGUCUUUGCUGCUGCAUACACUGUGCCCGGAGGUUCUGAUAAGAAUGGCAAGCCCAACUUCAUCAACUCUCCCUAUUUUCUGGUUUUCACUGUCUCGGAUGUUCUUUCCUUAGCAAGCUCCUUGACUUCGCUUGUGGUAUUUCUGUCUUUGUUGACCUCUCCAUUUGAGCUACAAGAAUUUCACAUCUCUCUUCCUCGAAAACUUCUUGUUGGCUUCACCUUCCUCUUCUUUGCUGUGAUAACGACCAUGCUAUCUUUUGGGGCCACAAUCUUGAUACUCAUUCAGUCAGAGAAAAAGUUGACAACAUUACUCCUUUCCAUUGCUGCAUUCCUUCCGGUCUUAGUAUUUGCAAUAAUGCAAUUUCGUCUGUACGUCUCAUUUAUGGGCUCUACAUUCAACAUUCUCAAGAAAACCAGGAAAGCUCGAACACCGUUUCUUGUCCCUUGCCUACCGUGGGGGAAAAUGCUCGGUCUUAAGAAAAAGGAAAAAAGCUCGACUUGAUUAAUUAAUAUUGGAGAUUAAAGUGGCAUCGAGGUUUUUCCUUGUUAUAGUUGGUUUGAACCUCUACCAUAGAUCAUUAUAUAUUGUGUUUUAUUGCAUGUAUGGUUGUUAUUCAGUUUCGUGAUAUUUAAUUAUGUGGUUAUGCUGUUUUCAAUGACGGCCUUGAAGCCAGUAUGUAUUAUAUAUAGUUUGUCACAGGUUGGUAUUUGAAUGGUAUGAUUACAGGCCUUCAAGCUUGCUUCAAUCA